AACUCGAGCAGUCGUGCUUCGACUUCGGCUGCUCGCGGAUCGGCUGCCGCGUUGCCCCUUGCACCUUCCCAUAGCACUCGCGCGCUCGCACCAUGCCCGCCCUGCUGCCACUGCUGCUGCUCCUCGUGGCCGCCUCCGAGGCCGCCAUCCACGGAGGCAAAAAGGCGGAGAGCGACGUCAACGGGAUUCCGCUCUCAGAGCUGCAGGAGUUCAGCGACGAGGCUAUAAUGCCGCGCUUCGCCGAGAACAUCCCGAACGUGACGGUGACCCUGGGAAAGGACGCGUUGCUGGCGUGUGUCGUGGAAAACCUGCGUGGCUACAAGGUGGCGUGGGUGCGCGUGGACACGCAGACGAUCCUCUCGAUCCACCACAACGUGAUCACGCAAAACCCUCGAAUUUCGCUGUCGUACAACGACCACAGGUCGUGGUAUUUGCACAUCACAGACGUCCAGGAGGAGGACCGUGGCUGGUACAUGUGUCAGAUCAACACUGAUCCCAUGCGAUCGAGGGUCGGAUAUGUGCAAGUCGUCGUGCCUCCGACCAUUCUGGACAAGGAAACGAGUUCGGACAUGGUGAUCAGGGAGGGAAGCAACGUGUCGAUGACCUGCAAGGCGGAGGGCUACCCUGAGCCUUACGUCAUGUGGCGGCGCGAGGACGGUGAAAACAUCAAUUACAACGGCCUCGAAGCGAACGUGAUCGACGGUGAGGUGCUCAACAUCAGCAGGGUCAGCCGGCUGCACAUGGGCGCCUACCUUUGCAUCGCCUCCAACGGCGUCCCGCCCACUAUCAGCAAGAGGGUGCUCCUCAGAGUUCAAUUUCCGCCGAUGCUGAGCAUCCCGAACCAACUGGAGGCGGCCUACGUGGGUCAGGACGUGUCCCUCGAGUGCCACACUGAAGCCUACCCCACCUCGCUCAACUACUGGAUCACCGAGCGCGGCGACAUGAUCGUGUCAGGCGACAAGUACGAGAUCUCGUCGGCUGACUCGUCGUACAAGAAGUACAUGCGUCUCAAGAUAAAGGGCGUCUCGAGGAGGGACUUCGUCUCGUACAAGUGCGUUGCCAAAAACUCGCUCGGUGAAACUGAUGGAGUCAUCAAACUGGAGGAAAUCCCGGCGCCGUCGACGUCGACCACCUCGACGCCGGAGCCAGUUACCAGCAGAUCAGGUCGCGGAAAGCAGUCGCGGCAGAGACACAGGGCCAAAAACGACGUGCUCGACCCUCGCAGAACAGAGUACGAGUACGAUGACAACAGCUCCGAAGACCCGAGUAGCCCCUACUACGGCAGCGACUCGGCCUGCGCCUCGGCGUCGUUGAGUGCCCUUUGCACGUGGACCGCUGUCGUGCUGUUUGUGCUGCACAGGUGACCCCUCGUUGACCCCUAGAAUCGGGAAUACGCCAUCGACCAAACAGAGCAGCGAACUUUGCAUAUCACAAGUGAUAAAUUGACUUUAUUUCGAGAAACUCUCGUUUUUGAAGAGGAACAUUAGAGUGUAGUGCGCCAAAAAUGCAUAAUUAUUAUAACCAAUCAAGCUGACCAUCAAAAUCAUUAACCUAAUAGAAAUUAAACGGAUGUAUUUAACGCCAUCAACUCUAACCAGAAAGUCACUUCCAGAGAGCAGGGCUUGCGGUCGUGCCAGAUUCUUUCACGGCUUCAAACAUCAAUGACUUUCCCAUAUAACCAAUUGUUCAAAUUUGGUGCAGAAAAAUAGUCAUUCAACCUUUUGUAUUAUUUGUCAACAUUUUUUUAUUUAAUUAGGGGAGCGCACCAUUUAAUUGAAGAUCAGUCAUAAAGGGAAAUACGUCUUGGAGGGAUGGAAACUAAUGUUUGUAAAAUUUUCGGAUCAAAUGGUUUAAGGUAAUGUGGAUAUUAGAGAUGGCCAAAGGCUAGUUAUAAGCAUUAGUUGCCGGAUGGUUUAACUUUCAAGAGAUGGCAUUCGACCAAUUGAUCCGGAUCGUUGUUUGAAGAAAUGGAACAAACAGCAAGAGUGCUAUAUGGUGAAUUUGUGGAGCCCUUCUAUUUAUUGAUAAAAACUAACUGAUUUGUUUCUGCACCAACCCCUUUUUAGUUUUACUGUACAUAUAAUAUACAUAGAACGCGUGUACUUCUCUCCACGCCAGGCACAUAAUGCUCAAAAGUGUAAUCCCGGAAAGCCAGAGUUGGGCAGUUGGGUGUCGUGUGUCCGCAACUUGUGCUCAAGAUUCUCGGCAGCAAACUUGCAGGGCUUAAUCGCGGGGUGUCCCGUCGAAAAGUUUGGCCGAAUAUCGAGGCUAAUCUGGCACGACGCUCUAGGUGUGUAAUUAACCUGCUCACAAGAGACACAGCAAGCAAAUCUCUUCAAGCUGCUUUCCAACCGUGUUUGUAAACUAGGCCCAAUAAAGGAGGACUGGCAGAGA